AACAAGAUUUUCACUUCCUUUUCAGUUUUAGGUCUCCUCUCGUGCUGAGCUGCUAUGCGUGAGCUACAGCGAUAACAAGUUAACUUGUUAGCUAACUCGCCCCUUGGGGGAUAAUUGUUGCAUCCAAAAUCUCCUACUCUCAAAUUACACAGAAAUAUUUCGGACAUGCCGAACAUCGUGCUUUUCAGCGGGAGCUCCCACCAAGACCUGUCACAAAAAGUGGCUGAUCGCCUCGGACUGGAAUUGGGGAAAGUGAUAACGAAAAAAUUCUCCAACCAAGAAACAUGCGUGGAGAUCGGGGAGAGCGUGCGCGGCGAGGACGUCUACAUUGUGCAGAGCGGCUGCGGCGAGAUCAACGACAACCUGAUGGAGCUGCUGAUCAUGAUCAACGCGUGCAAGAUCGCCUCGUCGUCCCGCGUCACCGCCGUCAUCCCCUGCUUCCCCUACGCCCGGCAGGACAAAAAGGACAAGAGUCGCGCUCCUAUCUCAGCCAAGCUGGUGGCCAACAUGCUGUCUGUAGCCGGCGCCGACCACAUCAUCACCAUGGACCUCCACGCCUCGCAGAUCCAGGGAUUCUUCGACAUCGCCGUGGACAACCUUUAUGCAGAGCCCGCGGUCCUCCAAUGGAUCCGGGAGAACAUUCCAGAGUGGAAGAACAGCUGCAUCGUGUCCCCUGACGCUGGAGGAGCCAAACGAGUGACCUCCAUCGCUGACCGUCUGAACGUGGAGUUUGCCCUCAUCCACAAGGAGAGGAAGAAGGCCAACGAGGUGGACCGCAUGGUCCUGGUCGGAGACGUGAAGGACCGCGUGGCCAUCCUGGUCGACGACAUGGCCGACACCUGCGGCACCAUCUGCAAAGCCGCCGAGAAAUUGAUUGAUGCCGGUGCGAUCAAGGUCUAUGCUAUCCUCACACACGGCAUAUUUUCCGGUCCGGCCAUCGCGCGCAUCAACGACGCUCCCUUCGAGGCCGUGGUGGUCACCAACACCAUCCCCCAGGAGGAGAAGAUGAAGUCGUGCCCAAAGAUACAGAUCAUAGAUAUAGCCAUGAUCCUGGCCGAGGCGAUCAGGAGAACCCACAACGGCGAGUCGGUGUCCUACCUCUUCAGCCACGUGCCCUUGUAAAGGAUAGCCACGAGAAGAGGGCACAACGGCCAAUGGUGGCUGUCUCUCUCUCCUCACGGUCCAAUCAGCUCGCACCUUCAGCCACCAUGCCCUCGGGGAAGUCCUUAAACCCUGCGGGUGUGGGCCAAUUACGCGUGACCGAGUCCUAAAGGCCACGCCCACUUUCCCGGCUCCAUUGUCCGUGUAGAGACCCAAGAAAGAGUAUCACCUCUUAUUUGAGACCAGCAACUUUCUAUUUAUGCGUAUUACCAUGUUAAGACUUCCUUAUUGUGUUUGUUUCAAUAACAUGCUUUGCCAGCCUUGCCACCCAAGGGAUCUGGCUGUCACUUUAACCAAAGGUCCAUUGCCUAACGAUGUUCCUGUUUGUUGUUCCUCAUUUUCUGUCCAUUUCACUAUAAAUGAAAGCAUUCCAUUGUGUGAUGUCACUUAUUGAUUUAUCUGACUGUUCUAACCCGCACCGUGGAGAAUCUGCACGGUGGUUUUAGAGGCUAACCACCUUUCUGUUUCAUCAAUACACGCCCGUUACGAAAUACCAGGGUCCUAUUCACUAGACUCAAAACGGUAGCAAACGGUGAGGGACUAUCUGUACAAUAACAAAUUCCUGUCUUCACUUUCUGUUGCGAGACAUUUUGCUACGGUGUGUGCUAAUCAAUGCAACCCAAGGUUGUUAAGUCAUUAACAGCUGAUCAUUCCUUUAACCAGCAACAUUUGGUUAGUGUGGGAGUACAGUCAAAAACAUUUUAUCAGAAUGAACCAGAGCAGAGGCUGUAUUUGUUUAACCAGUAGACAUAUCAGUUCUCCAUGGUACCUACCUACAUAAUGUUUACCUCUUUCUAGCAUUGUCUCCUUAAGGUCCAAAAAUUAUCAUGGAUUUCUAUUUGAGAUAUGAGAGAGAGACAAUUGUUGUAAGUAUUUCCACAUUUUCUGACAUUCUAGUUAAAACGUUGUAGUUUCUUUAGUGCCACGUGACAAGGCCAAAUCUGAUUAGCCAUUUUAGUUUCCUUAAUUUAGUGUUCACCUGGUGUUGCACUCCCUCUAGUGGCGGAAUGGUGUCAUUGCAGGGCCUCAUGCUCACCUUUGUAUUUCUGAUCACAUUUGCUCAAUAACUAUCUUGAAAUUGCUAAUUUACUAAAACUCCAUCACCACUUAUCUCUUGCUACACAGGGCCCAGUUUUGCAAAAGUUAUCGGAUUUUGGCAAUCGAAUAGGAUUAAAUGCAUAGAAAUAGAUUGAGUAGAACGGGUAUCCCCAUUCAAGUCAAUGAUUUAUUAUAUUUAUAUGCAUUUAAUCCGAUACCUUGAAAAACUGGGGACAGUUCCUCUGUAUAUCAGGUGUAUCCAUCUAUUCAAAGGGUCGAACAAUCCUCAUCCAAAAGGUCAUGAACUUCAAAGUUCUACUUUCCUCAUGUCUUCAGUCUUAUUUUUUUCAAUUAUUUGUAGAGAAGAGAAAAAGUAGGAGGGUAACUCAUCAGUGUUCAUUUUCUCAUGAUGUAAGGUGAUAGUGCGCCCAAAAAUGAGGCAGUUGAUUGGUUGAAAACUGCUGGUGUUUUUUGUUUUUUUUACACUACCAGGUAAUUUCAUUGUUAAUAAAAACUUUGACAAUGACAUCUACAUACUGCUGACUGUCUUCCUUUGACCUUUGGUUACUGGGGGUCCUCGGAUGAAUUGUUAGACAAUGCACUUACUUUUCCCCUUACAACAGUAUUCCUAGGGGGAGGAGUUGCAAGGGAUAUGAGUGGGAUUGCAUGAUCCCAUUGGAAGAUGGGAGUAAUUAGGUGGCCAUAUGAGGAGCAUCAGUUGCUACUUUUAGCACCAGAAUCUUGUGGUAGUGCCAUGGGAAAGUAAGAACCUUGGUUGAAAGUUUGUCAAUCACAGGUCUAAAAAGGGUGAGUUUACCAAACUAGGCAUGCAACACCACCACCAUCUAGGAUCAGGUCUUCCUUGAGCAUGUAAUCUUAUUAGUUGUGAUCUAAUAGGCAAAACUGAUCCUAGAUCAGCACUCCUUGUCUGUUGUCUGAGAGCUUUGCCCUGGACUCCCAUCUAAGGACCAACCAGGGAGAAUAUCCUUGUUUAUGCUCAGACUGAGACAACUGCCUACAGGGGAGAUGCAGGAUGGUGUGGUUGAAGGCUACAGCCAUAUAUAGUAUAUCAUAUAUAUAUAUAUAUAUAUAUAUAUAUAUGCUUACUACCCUGAUGUGGGGGUACCUUAUUAAUGCCUUGUCACGUUCUGUAUGGGGAGUUGGCAACAGUUACUCAGUAGACAUGAGGACUGUCUGAUUCAUUUUUCAUUCCUUAGUGAUGGAUAGUGGCUGAUGAAAAGAUCAAUAGCUGGCAUCCACGUGCUUACUAGUUAUUUCUUCUGGACCAGGCCAAACUCACAUAACCAUAAAAACAUACUUCACAAAGAGGAUCAAGAGAAAAUAAGACAUGUGCUAUUAGAUACUAGUAAGACAUUUGAGUUGUUAUAACUAACUAUAGAUUCACUUUGCCAGUGGGAAUAACCAUAUGCGUCUGUUCAUAGAGACUAUAUGACUACUUGCCCACACCGAGUUAAUAGAAGGGACAUGUUCUUUGCUCUUUAAGAAAUGAAAGGGUGCAAUAAAAAGUCACAUGAUAAUGGUGAUAAAUACAAUGUGGUACAUACCUCCAUUAUCCGGCAGGUGGCGUCUUGUUCAUACUUCUCUCUCAGUGGUGCCUGAAACUCGGGGAAUAAAGUGAUAAAAACACACGUAUCACGUCUCCAUAAUUUGUUCAAAUUCCCGCCGUUGAAAAAUGAGGGUCAAAUUUUGUAAUCUAAUUUCAAUCUGCCAUGUAUUUCAUUUCCAAAUCUCUCCUGAUGGGAGAUUGAUGAUGGGAGCUGUAUGGUGACGUCAGACUCUCUCAUUUGCAUAUUGCUCAGUAUAUGUCCUAUGCUUGCGCAAAGGCGCGACACACUGCUGCAACGCAAAGCCUGGAGAAGUACAACUAGUCAAUCAGUCCAACUUUGACACUUCGCAAUCAUGUCUGACAAGCCAAAUCUCGAGGAGGUCGCCAGCUUCGACAAGACCAAGCU